AUGGCUACCAGGGUGCUGACCAUGACCGCCCGCCUGGGGCCCGUACAGCAGCCCGAGGAGCCGGUGUUCGCGCAGCUGAAGCCCGUGCUGGGGGCCCGGGAGGCAGCGAUCUUCCCCGGAGAGGAGCUGAAGCAGCAGCAGCAGCCGCCGCCGCCGCAGCAGCACCAGGGUGGCGGUGGCGGGGGCGGCGGCGCGAACCUGCCGGCGGAGGAGAUGGUGCAGACGAGAUGUGAAAUGGAGAAAUACCUGACACCUCAGCUCCCACCCGCUCCGGUCAUCGCUGAACAUAAGAAAUACAGAAGAGACAGUGCCUCGGUUGUAGACCAGUUUUUCACUGACAGCGAAGGGUUGCCUUAUAGCAUCAACAUGAACGUCUUCCUGCCCGACAUCAGCCACCUGAGAACUGGCCUGUACAAAUCUCAGCGACCCUGUGUAACCCACAUCAAGACAGAGCCGGGCGGCAUGUUCAGCCACCAGAACGAAGCUACUGCCCCUGCCCCUGCUCCCACUCAGGCCCUCCCUGAAUUUACCAGCAUCUUCAGCUCCCACCAAACUCCUGAUGUGAACAACAUUUUCAUCAAACAGGAGCUUCCUACUCCAGAUGUCCAUCUUUCCAUCACGCCCCAGCAAGGCCAGCUGUAUCAGCUCUUGAGCUCACCGGAUUUAGACAUGUCCAGCACCACUCCUCAGGCAGCCGUGAUGGACUCCCUUAACAAUGUCUCCAUGCCCUCAGCCAUGGCGGGCCUUAACACGCUCUCCUCGGCUGUCCCACAGACUGCAAUGAAACAGUUCCAGGGCAUCCCCCCCUGUACCUACACCAUGCCAAACCAGUUUCUGCAGCAGCAGGCCACUUACUUCCCUCCUUCGCCCCCAAGCUCAGAGCCUGGAAGUCCAGACAGACAAGCAGAGAUGCUGCAGAAUUUAACCCCUCCUCCAUCAUAUGCCGCAACUAUAGCUUCCAAGCUGGCGAUUCACAACCCAAAUUUACCAGCCACUCUGCCCAUAACCCCCCAGAACAUCCAACCUGUCAGAUACAACAGGAGAAGUAACCCAGAUUUGGAGAAGAGACGUAUCCACUACUGUGACUACCCAGGCUGCACAAAAGUUUAUACCAAGUCUUCUCACUUAAAAGCGCACCUGAGAACCCACACAGGUGAGAAGCCCUACAAGUGCACGUGGGAAGGCUGCGACUGGAGGUUCGCGCGCUCGGAUGAACUGACGCGCCACUACAGGAAGCACACGGGGGCAAAGCCCUUCCAGUGUGCCGUCUGCAACCGGAGCUUCUCCCGCUCCGAUCACCUGGCGCUCCACAUGAAGAGGCAUCAGAACUAA